GCGACGUGACGCCAUCUCGCUCCGGUCGGCGCUCCGCAGGCGGCGCUCCCGGAACUGUGGAGUCCAGAGGUGACCGCAGGCCGCGAGCCGCUGCUGCCCGGGUGGAAUCCGGGGCGAGAAGCGCCGCCGCGUGGGAGACCUCCAGGCGAGUUGAGGUGACCAAAGCCACAUAAUGUCAGUAGUUCGUUCAUACGUCCAUGCCAAAUGGAUCGUGGGGAAGGUGAUUGGGACAGCAAUGCAAAAAACUGCUAAAGUGAGAGUGACCAGACUUGUUCUGGAUCCCUAUUUAUUAAAGUAUUAUAAUAAGCGAAAAACCUACUUUGCUCACGAUGCUCUUCAGCAGUGCACAGUUGGGGAUAUCGUGCUUCUCAAAGCUCUACCUGUCGCGCGAACGAAGCACGUGAAACAUGAACUGGCUGAGAUCGUUUUCAAAGUUGGACAAGUCAUAGAUCCGGUGACCGGAAAGCCCUGUGCAGGAACUACCUACCUAGAGAGUCCGGUCAGUUUGGAAACCGCCCACCUAACCAAAAACCUGGGGGAACUCGAUCUCUCUUCAGCACAGUGAAGGAGGCUUGGAGGAUUGGAAGAUGGAGACAAAGGGAAAGAUGUAUCAGUUUGCUUUAUGAAAAAAAUUUUCUAAGUUUCAUCAUAAACCGUCCAAUUUCUCUUCUGGUAUUUAUGAAAUAGCUAAAAGUGAAUGAAGUAAAGACCUUGUUAUAAUGUUUCAUAAAGGUUUAUGGUCAUGUUUCAAAUUUCCUUCUCAGUGAACAUACUUUCCUGUUCACUAAGUGUACAUUGUUUUGUAAGCUAACUAUUUUAGAAGGUGUAUUUUUUUUCUUUUUUUAUUCAAAGGAAUCUUGAAUUUAUCUUAGAACCUUUAUUUUGGGAGAAGAAAACCUUUUGAUAUCAUACACAGAUAAGAGCACGUUAACUGAACAUUUAUUUUGGAUGGUUUACAUUCAAAAUUAAUUUAAUUUUUUUCUCUGAUUUAACCAAUUCCAAAUGGAAAUAAUUAACAUGUUUGGGUCAGACUUUAUCAGAUUAAAGUCUGUAUUAAUAAGAAUGUUGACAUAUAGAAAAUAAAACUUAAAAAUUC